AUGGGCUGGCUGUCACUGUUGGAAAAGGCUAGCCGCAUGGCAUCAAACGGCCCUCAAAAAUUCAAGAGCUUCUUCCAAACGGAUGCGUCGCACGGGAAGACCAAAAGAGCUUGUGACCAAAUUUCUGCAUGGACGACGGACCACCCACGGCGCGCAAUCAUCGUCAUCGACCCCGAGCUGCUUUUCCACGGGAAUCCGGUGCCCGGGUUCCUUCCACGCCGGGGGAAGGACCUGUCGUCGUCGUCUUCGCGGAUCGCGUUGACCAUGCUGGAGACCUCCCGCAUGGUCGGCGGCGGGGCCGAGCCGGGGGACUCGUCGACGCACCGCAUGGCCACCUGCAGCAGCCGCACCAUGCGCUGCUCGGAGGAGCCGUCGCUGCUGGCGGCCAGCAGCGCGCGGUCGAACACCUCGGCGGUCCACUCCUCCCGGAUCACCGAGGUCACCCACCGCGCCAGCUCCGAGCCGUCGCCCCGCGCCGACGCGGCCUUCCCCGUCAGCAGCUCCAGCAGCAGCACGCCGAACGCGCGCACGUCGCCGCGGAGCGCGGCGUCGCCGCUGGCGGCCGGCGCCGGCGCGGUGACGCCGUACUCGCUGAUGCACGGGUCCAUGCCGGCCGUGAAGAGGACGUUGGUGGCCUUGAGGUUGCCGUGGGCGAUGGGCCCGUCGCCCGCCGCCGCGGCCUCCUCGCCCGACGAGGAGGUGUUGGAGCUCGCGCCGUCGCCGCGCAGAGCGGUGUGCAAGAACGCCAUGCCGUCGGCGACCUUGGCGGCGAUGUGCAGGCGCGCCGGCCAGUCCACGGGACCCUGGCUGCUCUCUAUGGAGCCUGCAGAUUAG